GAUACAUGUACUGUAGCUGCUAUGGCUGCACCGGUGGACCUAGCAACAGCUGCUGCCAGCGGAAGUUUAAAUCUUGUUCAGUCUCUUGUGGCCCAGGGUGCAGAUGUCAACUUCAAGUCCAGCAACGGCUUCUCACCACUCUGCAAUGCUGCCUUCUGGGGCUACAGUGAGAUAGUGGAGUAUCUCUUAAGACACGGUGCAAAUGUCAACCAGAGUAACAGUGGCACGCUGUGGACAGCUUGCCACUGUGCUGCCUUCCAGGGACACGGCAAAGUUCUCAUGAAACUCAUGGAGAGCAAACCGGACCUCACCUUGAAAGACAACAGAGGAAGGACAGCAGUUGACUUUGCCUCGGCACUUGAGACCAUUUGGCCAUUCUUUGCUGCUGAAGGAUGCAAAAGAACACCCAAGGCAGACCUUAUCCGACUCAAUAUCGUACAGAAGGUGAAAGACUAUGACCCUAGCAUCCCUCAGACAGACCUUGCCCAUUUCUCUCGACCAGGGUCAGCCUACGCAAUGAGGUCUCAAUCUCUGAGGGGUGAAGGAAACAAAAACAAGACAUAUGCAGCUCAGUUGGGAGAUGUAUUAGCAGAGGAGGAUGAAACUAGUCAAGCAGGCAAACCUCAGGAUCCGUCUUUUAACAUCUGGAGGAGUUGAUGUAAAAAAAAAGUCACAAUCCAGAUUUGAGCCCGGUCCUGACCAUCAGUGGAUCAUAGUGAGUGGUGGAGAUAGGUUGUAUGCAGUAAAGCUAACCUUCUGGAGAAUCCACCUCGAAUUGAAGUAUACCUUCAUUGGAAAUGUAAAGAAACAACUUGGUGCAAUGGGCUUGUGCACGUCCACAGUGCACAAGCCAAGACCGUACAUUCAAACCAUGAAUGUUGGCACCAAGUGGAAAUUGGUCACGUGUGCAUAAAAAUACACAUGAACCUGUGUACGGCAAGCGGUGAGUUCUCACCUAACAAACUGUCGUUGCUGUGUAAAAGUACACCCUCUCUUGUUUCUGCUCGAAGUGAACCGACUUCAUGUGUGAACAAAAAGUGCCUUAAGACAGGAGAGGGCACAGUAAUCUGAGUACAUACAUUUGUGUAGGCAGAUGUCUUUACGUAAUCACACAAGCACAGAAGUUGUGACUGUCAGUACAUCUACAUGUAUGAUAUGAUUAUACUGCUUGUCUGUGAGUGGCAAGUGUACAGUGUUUCACCAAUUUCAAGAUAUUCCCAUGCCAAGUAAGGCCAGCCUGCUCAGGGUCUAGUUUUGAAUUCUGUACUAUGAAAGAUUUGCCUGGUUCCCCUCCAUUGUGUGCAUACAUGCAUUAAGAACCUACAGGGAAGGUGAAGGUACCAGUUUAACAGUCUAACCAAUCUAGCAGUGACUACACUUUAAUGCUGGGGAUUUUCUGACUCUCAUCUUCGUCUCUGGCUUUGUCUCAGAUGCAGUUAGAAACAUUGUAGACUUACAUUAAAAUUGAAUACUGCUCUGGAAAGUAUGACUGUUUCAGAGCUGAACUCACAAAUAUCAGGGAUGUCAAAGCCAAAGACAAAAUGGCAAUUUCAAUACUCAACUCACCCAGUAUAGCAUAAUUUCAUUGAUACUGCAGAAAAGGUUACUUACUACGGGUACGGUGCAGCUCUUUUUUUGUAGCACAUUAAUUAUUUUUGCACUAUAAGCAACUAUUCACUCUCCUUAUCAAUGAAAAAACAAAGUUAAAAGAAACAUGAAAGCUUUUUGUGUUUGUUCAGCAUUUAUUAGCAGUGCAGAAAUAUUUAACACAAUUUUUUUGUAAUGUACAAGUAUGUAUAGGAGGGGAAGUGUCUCCUUCAUUCUAUUUCAAGAACUAUUCAAAAUGGGAAAAAGAAACCAUGGUAACAAUACUACACCAUACAUUCCUUACCAUCCUGACCUAAUUCAAAGAAACGUACAUAUACAUGUAUACAUAAGAAGAAAUACAUGUAUAUUUAUAUAGAAAGAAAUACUGUUUAAUUGCCAACUUCUUUGUUUCAACUUUUUGAAUGCAGUCAUCAUAUAAGUAGGUACCAAGAAAAUGGGUCCUUGGGCCAUGUUCACAAAAUUUGGUCAAACAGUGACAUGUGGUUUGCAUUAGAAAAAAACAAAGUGAACUCUUUGUUUUAAUGUGUCACUCAUUUCUGCAUCCUGAUGAAAAACAAUAUUCAAUGUGGGUGAACAAAUGUUGAAGGUUUCCAUAGCUUUACACUGUGUAAGAUUCUUUACGAGCCUUCAGUGCAAGUGUACCCUGUAUAUCUUACCACUUGCAGCUGAUUUUGUGGCAUAUGGUCACAUGAAUACUGUAAAUAUUUUUUUCUUCGCACAUAACCUAUCCCUUACCACAUUUUUCUUUAACUUAUAAACACAAUCUCAUUCACUUGUCGAUAUAAAAUCCUUGUGAGACAAACAUCAGUGAAAACAAUCUCAUUAAACUAGAAACAAAGCUAGAGUUAAUACUCCCUUUUCCACUUCAUACUGGCCCAAAUAAAUAUUGGAACUGGACAGGGCCUGUCAACCAUAAUUAUAAAAAAAAAAAACACAUUAAGAUGUGAAUUUUCUUUUCGUUCUCAAAAAAAUGACAAAUACAUGUACUUCAGAGAAACUUUCACACAUGUACAUCUUCUCUCUUCUGAUGUAAAGUCAGAUUUCCACAACACAAACAGUGGUCAUGAACUUUCUUUACUUUUGUUUAAUUUGUUAGAAAAGUAGAAAGUGCAUCUUUAAAAAAGUCCACCCCAACUACAUGUAUGUGUCAAGUAUGCAUUCAGAAAGACCUUGGAAUGCAAUGUAAUUUACACAACGCUUGUAGCUGUACACGUACACGGUUAGUUCAGGAUACAUUUCAAGAGGACUUUCAGGCAGUGUUUUUAAGUGCACAGAUAUGGAAAGCACUGAAAUAUUUUUUCCCUCAAAAAAGCAUGUUCAUGUACAUUGUACAUGUACAUGUUUUAUGUAUGUAAAGUUGGUAGGAAAUAAAAACUGCAUCAAUACAAACUCUGGUUAAACUGUAAGGCCUUGGUCCGAACUUUGCACAGCGCAUGGGACAGCUUUCCUCAUGAUACAAAAUUUGUGUUAGCAGCUCCUCCCCAAGACUGGUAUUUACUCUCUGUCCGGAUAGAAGGCAGUGUAAACAACAGUGUUUUAUGUGCACUUGUAAAUAAACAAUAAUAUGUGAAGGUUGUCUUUUGGUAAUAAAUCAUUUCCUGAUAAGUGUAUCACCAUACUUUGGCACAAUUGUAUCUGGAGCAGUAUUUGGCUGUUUUAUUCAUAAUGGUUAACUUAAAAUGCUACAGUGUAUGAGCUUUUUGAAUCCACAAAAAUCCACCACUGUGCCUUAAACAAAUGAGGACCUCUGUUCAAUCUUCAAGGGGCAUCAAGCCUUCAUCUGGUGGGGAUCUGGAUCAGUAAAAUCAUGGAUAACAGAUUUGAGUAAAAACUACAGUUUGCAUCUGUUUACACAGAAUGCAGGGCUUUCCCACUUCUUAAGCUUUCUGUCUGGGUUAGCUGUAGGAAAAACGUAAAAUAUCAGUAACAUGAUUUACAUUAAAUUACCAAAUGACAACACGACACUUUAGUCUCAAAGUACUUUUUUCAAGUGAAGUUUCAAUUCAAGAGUUGAAACUUCACUUGAAAUAGCAGCAUAAUUACAAAAAGAUCGAAUAAAUCAUACAAUCUUUUUAAAAAAUCUGCUGACUUCAUUUCAAUUUUGCUAUGCAUACAAAGUCUUCCCUCCAAGUAUCAAGAUAAUCAGAUAAUCUAAAAUGCAAAACAAAAAUUUUGUAUUAUGAUGGCAUCAUCAUGACAUCAUAAAAUAUUCCACAAAUGGUGACUUUGCCUCUCACAAAAGUCUUGUAAAAGGACUGUUGGGAAUUCUUUUCUUUUCAGGAUACAUGUAUAUGUCAACAAAUGGACUAAAACAAGAAUAGAACAAAUCAUUAUAAAUAAAAUGAUGUCAUCUCUAUUUUGACCUACAUGUACAUGUAUAUCUGCUCCGAGCGGAACAAAAGAGGGUGUGGGUUUUUUUGGUACUCGCCGCAUAGGUUUGUGUCAAUGAUGGAGAUCAGUGGAUCAGUUGAAGCUGACUACACAUAAUGAAUUUCUUCCUUAAUAUAUAGUCUUUGCUUACAAACAGAACGCGUGCAAGAACCCGCUUUGAAAACUUACUACCAUCUGUCUUUUACCGCUCGGGGUGCACUUCAACUCAGAACAUAUAACAUGGAACCAAGGAGAAAAGUAUUACUUAAUAAGACAUGUAAAUGUAGUUCAAAAGAUACUGACAUUUCAAAAAUCCACCGAGAGCGGUUUGUCAUGUGACUUAUGACAUCAUCAAACAUUUAUAGCAUUAUAAACAGUAAGAAGAAUGCAUUGAUUUAACCCUUCAUCAGUAUUAUGGUUGUGCUUGUAGUUUUCCAUUCUUUUGGUGGGUUUGCACAUACUCCCAGUGGCUGAAUACAUCAUGGUAAAGGGCUUUUUUUUGGAGGCAUCCCAGUGGUAUGUCAAGGUAACAAAGUGAUGCAAAGUGAUGCAAAAUGAUCUCCAUGACAAUUAUAGUACACAGGGUACUUCUAUGUUUGGUUGUACUGCACAGUCCUCAACGUUGACCACUUGACGGCGGAUGACGUGUAAACAUAUGUAAUUUUCCUUAUUUGUUCCACGGAGGGCGUGUACACUCGUUUAAGAAUUUCUUUUGACUUCCGCGUUUAGUGCAUUAAUGCGUCAUGCUUGUUUGGGUCAAAGUGCAAUUGCAAGGUUGAAGAAUAUGUGGGUAAAAAAAAAAACCACCCCAGCAGCUUUUUCGAGCAAGAAAAUCUGACGUUACCUGGUUAAAGAAUCCACAUAAUGAAUUUCUUUUAUACUCUGCAUUUCAUACUCUUGUUUAAUUAAUGUAUGAAAACUAGUUGAAAUGCUUUUGGAGUUAUGUGAACUGAAAUAAAACUUCUUUAAACAUUCAAGACUGUCCAAGCUUUCCAGACAAGUGAGGGUGCUGUUGCUGUGACUUAAAUCAUGGAACACACUGUUUAAAUACAUAUUUUCAUGUUCAGAUUUUGAGCCCCAAAUUUGCUCUUUGAAAAUAUCUCUGCAAAAAGGUUGCUCUCUAACUUAAUGCCAUACCAAACAGCAAAAUAUAGUAAGAUUCCAGCAAUUUUAUGUGCACAAAUCAUUGCAGCUUUCCGGUUCAGUGCCUAGAAUGACAUCACAGUUUUGCUCCUGAAUACGCAAAUUUGCAUUACUAUAAAAGCCUCAAAGGGCCCAAAAUGCAGGUUAAAACUGAAUGAAAAUUUAAAAUAAGGUUAAAUUGAAACACAGUAGUACACUUUCAAGAACUGUAAUAAAAUAAUUGUAUUACAUGGUCCCCAUGUACAUGUACAUGGUCCCCAUGUACAUGUACAUGGUUCCCAUGUACAUGUAGGCCUCUUCAGUACCAGUAGGUGUGUGGAGCUUAAGAAGCAUGUACAGAGUCUAUGAGAAAUCAAACAAACUUUGAACAUCGACAAAUGCUUCUUAAUGAUUCUAUUGCAAUGCCACUUGAUAUGUUCAAUUAACGACAGCUAAAACUCAAUAACAUAAGACUUUUUCUAUUAAAACGGGUCAAUGCAACACAAAACCUGCAAUUAAUAAAAAAUAAAUAAAAAAUUGUACAAACUCAUUUGAUGGUGUCAUUGAGACAUCAUUGUUAUGAGUACUUGUGAUCUCAAAGGAAUUUAUAUCUUGAAGUUUCAAAUUGUCUGUCUCGUAAUAGUGCCACAAAUUACUAAUACAAGCGAACAUGAAAAAAGAUGAAAAAAUCAACUGAUGUCCUCCAGUCAUUUUGCAUUUGCAGAGCAGAACACACACACAUCUUUCAACUACAUGUAAUUUUAAAGAUGACUAUCAAAUGUUUUUCUAUAUGGAAAACAAAAUAUUUUUAGUUUGAUGUCAUCAUGAUCAUGUAACAAAAAUCUGCGCCAAGGGUGCACACUAACAUUUUGUCAUAAAUGUCUAGACUAAUUGAUUGCCACAUGACUUGAUGAUGACGUUUACAUGACGUCAAUGUUCAGUGCACAUCUUCAGCCUACGGUCUUCACUUGUUUAAGUUUGACUAUUAGAGAAUAAAUAAUUAUGUGCUUGGCCGGUCUUAAACGUGCGUUUAAGACCAGCUAAGGAGAGUGGACGCGACUAGUGUCCGAGCUGUUGGCAAGGGCAUAAUCAGCAUUCAGUCUCCUGAGCACAUGCCCAGCACGUAUUUCUUCCCAUUCAUAAAUACCAUUUUUAGUCAGGGAGUCAAAAAAAGUCAAUAUAUGACAGAUAUAGAAUGAAUUUGUUCUAGACUUUUUUUUAAAUUUUCCUGAACAGACACCCCUGUCCAUUUUAUUCAAUAGUUGUCUGAAAGAAUCUCCGUAUAUGGAUUUGGUGUGUGCGUGGCGAGCCGCAUGCACACACCAGAUGCCAGUGCAUGAUUUAUAUAGCAGGCAUUAUUGAAUGUUAGUACAAGGUGAAUAGGGAGACUGUCUGAGGUAUCUAUGACUGAAGAUUAAGAACUGGCCUAAGUGCUGCCAACAGAAAUCACGUACACAGUCUGUAGGAUUUGGGGAGA